AUGUCGACCAAUAUCACCGAAGGGGCUGCCGAGGACUCAGCUAUGUCACUUCCGGUUCUGGUUGUGAUUGCUGUACUAAUUACUAUCAUGAUCAUCCUGACCAUGGGAGGAAACCUCAUUGUUCUCAUCAUUUUUGCUAAAGAUAAAUCCGUCCGACAAUUUAGUGACUGCCUCAUCGUGAACCUCGCCAUCUCCGAUUUAAUCAUCGGAUCCUUCUGCAUACCGUUAUAUGCGCCAUUACUCUUAACCGGAAAUUGGCCGUUUGGGCAUGGUGUUUGCCUUCUCUGGCUCGUGUUCGACUAUGUUACACCUGCAGCGUCCACACUAAACAUUUGUUGCAUCAGUUUUGAUCGUUACCUACAGGUUGGUCACCCUUUAUGGGCACGUACGAACAGGACUAACAAACUUUUGGUCGCCCUGCUAGUGAUUCCUUGGCUUCUUCCUGCUCUAUUCUUUCUUCCCGCCAUUACAUUAUGGGAAGUUGGUCAAGGUCCCAUUAUUCCUGAAAAUACAUGUUUUCUUCCUUACAACGAAAGCAUUAUGAUGCUACUCGGCGGCACUUUGAUUGAAUUUAUUUUUCCAUUUAUCAUGGUAGCCACCUUCAACAUUCUCGUGUACAUAACAAUCCGACAGAGGAGCAAGCGUUUCAUGAAGGCCGUCACUGCUCCGGCUACUGCAGGGAAUAAUCAGAACACUGAUCAAGCACCAGAACCCAAGAAGGGAGGACAUUCCACUAACAAUGCUAAUAAAAGUUUUCAGCAAGAUCGUAAAGCCGCGCGUUCACUUUUUAUCCUGGUGUUGACCUUCGCAAUUUGUUGGAUGCCCUUCGAAGUAACAGCCCUGGUAUCAACUAUAUGUGGGGGUUGCGUGGAUCUAGUUCUUUUCGAGGUGAUCUUUUGGUUACUUUGGAUCAACUCUACCAUAAAUCCUGUACUCUACCCCUUACUUCACUCAAGGUACAGACGAGCGUUUCUCAACCUUAUCACGAAGAAGAAAAACAGGGUGGUGCCUUUACCUGCCGCUACUAGUGCCGUCAUCACCACAACUUAA